AUGUUUUCUCGUAACACUUCAAAGCUACUUUCGUUUGCUGUCACAAGUGAUGAACCUAUUGAUGAAGGAUUGGAUCUUGAUAGUGACAUGUCUGGUUGGUUAUUGAAAAAAAGGAGAAAACGAAUGCAAGGAUGGGCCAAAAGAUGGUUUGAGUUAUCUUCUACAGGCGUAUUGUCUUAUUCGUUAAGAAAGAAUGAUCUAAAACGUGGCUCGCUUCAGAUUGCAUUGGCUACUAUUGCCAUUUCAGCAAAUCAACGUAUUCUUCAUCUUGAUUCAGGUACUACUGUGUUUCAUCUAAAGGCACUCUCUGAAGCAUCAUUUGAACAAUGGCUCAAGUGCAUUCGAGCAAGAAGGUCUUCUCAACAUAGUGAUGUGCUUGUGUGGAAUGAAGACACGCAUCUCCAAACAGCAACCAGUGGCUUUAAGGGAGAGCAGCAAGAGGACGAGAUUAUAUCAAAAGCAUUACUUGACCUUGGGGCCGAGAUUCAACAUUUAAAGCAAUUGGUACUGACAGAACUACCUUCCUUGCUAUCGCAUGACAGUAUUCAACACAAAGAAAAUGAAAGCAGUUCGCAACCUACAUCACCUACACAUAUCAAAUUCAUUCGGCUACCUUUUAGGCGUCACUCUUCUAUCCACUUGGAAGAGAAACAAUCUCAGGAACAGAUUUUAGAAAAACUGAAUGCUUCUAUUGAAUCUCUCCAUCAAUAUCAAGAGAUCCUCUUGAACACGUAUCACAAACAACACUACCAUCAUCCACUGGAUAUCCCAAGCAGGACAGGAACAGGAUUUUUAUCCCAUCGCUCUGCUGGUAGCUUUUAUUCCUAUAGUGUCUUGUCUGAUACAUAUUAUGAUGCUGAAGACUACUUUAUUAGUACGGAUGACAAUGAUUCAAUCCAUGACUCUGUUGCUAUUGAUUCUGAAGAUGAAGAUGAUGCAGAAGAAGAUGACAAGCAAGAGAAGAAAGAAACCCAUGAUGCUCUAUUUCAAGCCAAUACUCUUUGUGUGACUAGAAGAACUCGAUUGCCACAUCCUGUAGCCGUCAAGAGUAUUUCAUUCUUGGGUAUCCUUCGAAAAAACAUUGGUAAAGAUUUAUCGACUAUCACGAUGCCAAUCACAUUGAAUGAGCCCAUCAAUUUGCUACAACGACUCUGUGAAGAACUAGAAUACACAGAAUUGUUAGACAAAGCCUCUACUUUGCCUGAUUCAAUGGAUCGAUUAAUGUAUGUGACCAUGUUUGCUAUUUCAGGCUAUGCUUCUUCUCAAUACCGUAUUGGCAGGAAACCUUUUAACCCGCUAUUGUGCGAGACAUAUGAAUGUAUCCGACCUGAUAGAGGAUUUCGCUUUAUAUCAGAAAAAGUCUCUCAUUCUCCCAAUAUCAUGGCAUGUCAUGCAGAAUCAAGUACAUUUGAAUAUCGACAACACUAUCAAGGCAAAACAAAAUUCUGGGGUAAAUCUAUGGAAUUGAUUUCAGAAGGACAGAGUUACAUUCAACUUAAAGGUCAUGAAGAUCAUUACACGUAUUCAAAACCAUCCAGUUGGUUAAGAAACUUGGUAGCCGGGGCUAAGUAUCUAGAGCAUGUAGGUGAGAUGAAGGUCUGUAAUCAUGCUACAGGCGAGACUGCCAUGGUUACCUUUAAAGAAGCCACUGUGCCUGGUAGCGGAUUCUUUUCAAACUUGGCUUCCAAUCAUACUGAAUACCGAAAUCAUGUUGUAGCUAAACUUUAUGAUAGUGAUGGUCAUCUUUCAAAAGAAAUCAAAGGAAGGCAUAGUGAGUUCUUGUCUGAGGUUGUGGGACCAGAUCAAUACACUGUCUUGUGGCGAUGUAAGCCGCCAUGUAUCCCUGAUUAUGAUGCUUAUUAUGGGUUUACAUCCUUUGUGAUGGAAUUGAAUGAAAUUACGCCUAUUGAAAUCAACAGAUUGCCUAUGACAGAUACUCGGUAUCGGCCAGAUCAACGCUUGCUUGAAGAUGGGAAAGUAACAGAAGCAGAAGACAGAAAAUUACUUCUUGAAGAAAGACAGAGAGAACGAAGAAGAAAGUACGAGACAGAGGGAAAACUAUGUCAACCUCUGUGGUUUGAACUAAAAGCAGAUGCGUUAUCGCCUAUUGGAGAAUCAUGGCAGUACAAAGGUGGUUAUUGGGAGGCAAGAGAAAGUGGGCAAUGGCCAAAAGAUAUGCUACAACUCUGGUAG